AUGAGUGAUCUAGAAAAUAUACGCCUUAAAAGACUUGCAAAGUUACAACGCGCAAGUUCAGGUGAUAAUGUUUCAGAUAGAAGCCGCGAGGUGAGCGAGGAGCAUGAACCCAAAAAACCGAAUAUAAAACAGGAUGAAGAUAUGCCUGAUGCUAUUAGACCUCCUAUUGAAAAAAAGCAAGUAAAUACAAAGCCUUCUCGUUCAAGUAGUCCACAGCCAAAGACAUUUUCCCGUGAAGAGUGGGUACAUGUCAUAACAAGCCAAACACUCAAUAUAACUUUGGAAUCGGAACAAAACGAAAGAUACUACUUGGAGUCAUUUAAAAAAGACUUGGAAAGUGAAGGGCACCCUUGUUCAUUUAACGAAGAUAAUGUUGAUUCUGCAUUAUUAACUAGGUUGUCGACAACUGGUGACGAUACGUUUAAAUAUUUAUUAAAUUCCUGGAACUCAAUUUAUAAUGUCCUAAAAAGAUUGCCGAAGGAUGAACACCUUCAAUUUAAAGCCAAUUACCUUACGAACUUAAAAUACCUCUUGGUAAGUUAUGCUGGCAUAACUAUAUUGUUGCCCGACACCUUCAACUGUUCUACCAUAAAUUUCGCUGAUUUACUUACAAAAUCACCUGGGAUACCUUUAGAGUUUAUUGUUGAUUUUGUUGCACGUUACGAAAAUGAAGGUUUGGAUGAAAUCUUCGUUCCCGUAUUGGAAACAUUAUCAGUAAAAAUUAGUCGUAUGAACGUGGAGACAUUUGAGAUGAAUGUUAUUCAAGUGCUGCUGCAAUUGGUUUCUUUGAAACCGGUAGCUGCCCUAGUUCCUCAAUUACCAUCUUGGUGUCCUUCAACAAACCCUGGCGAGCUUGAGUAUAAAACUUUCUUGGGAAGAAUUUCAAGCCUUACUGUUUUUACGCAAGAAGUUGCAAAUCGCUACUUCUCAAAUUCCAAGGAUCGCUCUAUGCAGGAUAUCGCAUCUUCUAUUAGUUCUCUGAGAGUGGUUGUUUCUAGUUACCAAGAGCAACUUUUCCAAAUUGUCAGUGCUCUUAUUCGAACUUCUCAGGAAAUUCGCGAAAAAGUAUUAGAUUUUCUUGCAAUGGUCGUAAAUGUUAAUCACAAACGUCAAUCACUUCACGUUGAUCAGUUCAAUAUAACCUCAGAUGCUUGUAUGCUUAAUUUGGCUUAUGUUUUAAACAGACUAUCAGAACCGUUUUUGGACAUUAAAUUCUCAAAAAUAGACAGAGUACAAUCGGAGUACCUACGCAGACGUCCUCGUAUUGACUUCAAAGAGGAAACAAAGCUUAAUGCGGAUCAAAAAUCUUCUGAAGAAUUUUAUUCUCGUGGUUUUGAAGGAUCCAAUAAUUUCAUAUCUGACAUCUUUUUCAUCAAUCUCUCUUAUCAUCAUUUCGGCAUCAAUGCUGCCGUUAAGGCUCUAGAGCAAACACUUGUGAGUAUCCGAGACUCAGAGAAAUUAAGGGAGCGAUUAGAAGCUGAACAGGCCGUGAACUCAAAUACAUUCUUAGCUCGACGACUUUCCGCUCAGAUUGAUCAUCUUUAUCAACGAAUUGAUUUAGAUCGAUCCUUUGUACAUUGCUAUGAAAUUAUGCUCACUCAGUCAUCCGAAACUUCCAGAUCUUACAGUUUCCUCAAUUUCGUCAUGGCAUGGCUGUUGCGCGUAGCUAACAACGCUGCAUCUGAUUACCCAAAGGAGCCUCUUGUGCUGCCUUUUUCAGAAACAGCGCCAGAACUCUUCAAAAACCUUCCAGAAUAUUUUAUCGAAGCCAUUACUGAUUAUGUACUUUCUCUUUUCAAAACUUCUUCCUCUGCUUUAAGUACUCAUCCAUCAGAAGCAUUGUGUGAAUUUUGCGUCACUUUGUUGACAAAAUCAUCGUAUAUAAAAAACCCGUAUUUGCGUGCAAAGCUUGUGGAAAUUCUUUUUUACGGAGUGCAGAGUCAACGUGGUCAACCUGAUGUGAUGAUCGACGUUUUGUCAACAUCGCAAGUUGCUACCAAAUGGCUGAUUCCUGCUUUGAUGGGUUUCUAUAUCGAAAUCGAGUCCACAGGUCAGUCCACUCAGUUUUAUGAUAAAUUUAAUAUUAGAUUUUACAUUUGUGAGGUUUUUCGUACUAUAUGGAAAUUACCGGCUUACUUUGGAAAAUUGGAACAAGAACAGAAAACUAAUUUGCCUUUCUUUGUGAAAUUUGUGGCUCUGAUGUUAAACGAUGCUACAUACCUUUUAGACGAGGCUCUUUUGAAGUUGAAGGAUAUUCACGAUUUACAGGAAAAAGUUAAUGAAGCUAUAAACACGGGUGAGUCAAAUCAAACCGUUCAAGAGUCUCAGCAGAAUUUGGUAGCUACGGAGCGUCAUGCCUCAGUCUAUUGUCAGUUGGGUAACGAAACAAUUUUGAUGCUUCGAUUGUUUACAUCAUCAAUUCCGAAAGCAUUUUGUGCUUUGGAAAUUGUCGAGAGACUGGCUGCAAUGUUGAACUAUAACCUUCAAGCACUAUGUGGUCCUAGAUGUAGAAAUCUAAAAGUGCGAGAUCCCACAAAGUAUAAAUUCGAUCCCAAGUCUUUAUUAUCCACAAUCUUGGAUGUAUACUUAAAUUUGUGCAAUGAAGACAAUUUCGUUGAAGCUGUUGCUCAUGAUGGACGCUCAUACAGCAAGGAAAUUUUCGAAAGAGCUCUUGGAAUUGUUAGAAAACACAACUUGAAGUCUUCAUUUGACAUUGAAAAUAUCUCAAAUUUCGUCAACAAAGUGGAGAAAUUUAGGUUGGAAGAGGAAAAUGAAGAAGAAGACAUGGGUGAGGCUCCUGAUCACUUCCUUGAUCCGCUAAUGUUCACGAUUAUGAAAGAUCCUGUGAUUCUUCCUAGGUCGGGAAUGUCGAUUGAUAGAAGUACUAUUAAGGCACACCUUUUGAGUGAUAACACGGAUCCUUUUAAUCGCACUCCUCUGACUUUGGAAGAUGUUACACCUAAUAAUGCGUUACGAGAAGAAAUUGAGGCGUAUAUGAAAGCCUUAAAAGAAAAAAGAGUCAAAAGAAGUGAGUGA